GUGCGCCCGAUGAGUGAGCUCUCGCUCUGAGCAGACAUCGCAGCUGUGUCGCCCUGACCUGUUCUGCCGGCGGCUUUGGAGCUGCUCCUUUGCAAGCCGCCGACGCCAUGUCCAGGGUGGACAGCGGCCACGAGACGCUCGCCGACGACGACUCGCCGACGCCGACGUACGACAGCGAUGGCGGCGACCUGAACACGACCUGUCCGAGCAGCACAUCUACGACCUGAACACGACCCUGUCCGAGCAGCACAUCUACGAGGAGGUCAGCGGCCGGCCUCGCGCGCCGCCGCGCAUCAGCAGCGCGCUGCACAACAAGGGUCCAGUGAUCCGGCCGGUGGCGUGUCGGCCGACGCCGACUCACACGCCAUGCGCCACACCGUCAGCCACACCCAACAUGUUCGAGAGUGUGGAGCGCGCCGCCGGCCGGCGCGCGCCCCACUACGGCAGCGCGCUGGAGCUCAAAUACGGCAGCACGGCCCCGGCCGGCGACCGGCGCUCUGCCUCGAGCAUGGCCCGCUCGCGGUAUGAGAGCCUGGACAGUCUGCGGGCGGCGGGCGCCGAGCCUGCCGGCUCGCUCCUCGAUGAGUACCGGGCGUACCGAGCGGCCGUGCGCCCCGUCGAGUCGCGCCGCGAGUCGUUCAGCGGCCGCGGCGACUCGCGCCGCCAGGGUCUGGCGCGUCACGACUCGCUACGCACAUGA